AUGUCAGACGUCCCAGGCCUCGUAAAGGGACCCGGCAGAAAGUUAAGUCUGCCCACAGAUCUUAAGACUGAUCUUGAUCAUGUCAAUGGACAUUGCACUAGCCCCACCUCCCAGCCCUGCUCGGCGGGGAAGCCUCGCGUCCCGGUGGGUCCUGAGGGGCCACGGCUUACCCGCAGAGGCCCCGGCCGACCGCCCUUCCGCAAGGCCCAGUCUGCUGCUUGCAUGGAGAUCUCUUUGCCUGUGUCCCACACUGAAGGUUAUGCGUCCAGGAGGGCAAUGCUUCAACAGUUACAUGGAGUUACUAUGUACUCCCACGACGAGCACCACAGCAGCAGCACCACCACCAGCCCCUACUGCUGGACUGACAGAGAAAGUCGUGAAAACUCCUUCAGCCGCUCGCGCAGCUCCAGCGUGUCCAGCAUCGACCGCGACACCAAAGAGGCCGUCACCACGCUGCAGUUCGGAGAGUCCUACGCACGCAAGACGGACGCCCUGCCCACGCCGUGUCUGUGGGUGGGGACCAGCCUAGGCGUGGUCCUGCUCAUCCCCAUGUCCAUCCCCACGGACCAGGAGGAGCGCAUGGACGAACCCGUCACCAUCGGCCCCAGCGGCGCCGUCCUGUUGCUGAAGGGUUCCGUGUUGCGCUUCGGCUUCUUGGACUGCAUGGGCGCUCUCAUCCAGAGCCCCUACGAGGUCUGGAGGGACCUCAACGCCCCCGAGGACCCCGACCGACCCAGGAGGCGCAAGCUGGUGCAUUUCUCGCCGUCGUCCUCGCAGGACGCCUGCGGGGAGGGGCAUCUGGCCGUGGUGUGUUCGGAGAGGCAGGCCAAAGUCUUCUUGAUGCCCUCGCAGUCUUGCCUCUUCGUCCACAACAUCACGGAGUCGUCGUUCGUGCUGCGAGCCGACGUGGUGUCGGUGUGUAACAGCGCGUGCUUGGCCUGCUUCUGCGCCAACGGACACGUCAUGACGCUCAGUUUGCCCAGUCUCAGACCGCUGAUGGACGUCAACUACCUUCCUCUGACCGACAUGCGCAUCGCCAGAACCUUCUGCUUCACCAACGGGGGGCAGGCGCUGUACCUGAGCUCCCCCACAGAGAUCCAGAGGAUCACCUACAGCCAAGAGAUGUGUGACAACCUGCAGGAGAUGCUGGGGGAGCUGUUUACACCCAUAGAAACACCGGAGGCUCAGAACAGAGGCUUUCUGAAGGGCUUUUUUGGAGGAAACGCUCAUACCUUCGACAGAGAAGAGCUGUUCGGCGAGGCGGCGGCUGGGAAGGCGUCUCGGAGUCUGGCCCAGCACAUCCCCGGGCAGGGCGGCGUGGAGGGCAUGAAGGUGGCGGCCGGCGGAGCGGUGGGGGAGCUGGCACGAGCCCGCAUCGCUCUGGACGAGAGAGGCCAGAGGCUGGGAGAGCUGGAGGAACGAACCGCCCUGAUGAUGACCAGCGCCGAAACCUUCUCCAAACACGCCCACGAGCUGAUGCUGAAGUGCAAGGAUAAGAAGUGGUACCAGUUCUAAGAGCAGGACUCGUGGGUCGCGGCCGCCCUCGGACGGUUCGGAGCUUCGUGCCGGGACAGGGACCUUCACUCUAGAGACGAUGGCACUUCAAAGACAGACUCAAGAGUGACUUUGUCUUUACGACUUCUGGACAGGCUACAUGUACCGCACCGUCACAACGCUGAAGGACAAGGACGAGGGUCGGAUCCUCGUCUUGACGUGUAGUGAAGAAGGACAGGAAACGAGGCGGCAUCGGUAGACGCUGGAGGUGGAGAUGGAGACGUCCGAAAAAAAAAAAAAAAAAAAGUCUGUCCGACGUGUGUGUGAUCGCGUGGAUGCGUGAGUGUGUGAGUGCGACGUGGUUUGGUUUUUCUGGACCUCACUGUGUAGAUACUGAAAAGUUAAGAAACCAACAAGAAAUGCAUGAAAUCAAAAUGGAUGACUAUUAAAAAUAUCCAACUGCCAUAUUAAAAAGCAGCAUGCGACUUUAACAGGAAAUACAAAAAGUUUUAUUUAAUAAUGUAAGCCAACAACAGAAACUAUGAGAAACUUUAUAUUUUUUGAAAUACUGACAAAAAACUAUAUAUAAAAAGGGAAAUGUAUACCCGCAUUGCUAUUAAGCCAAAACUUCUGUUCCUUUUCCCUUUGUUUUUUUUUUUAAAUUACUCCUUUGUUUGUUCUAUAUUUUUUCUUAGUCUCAUCAAAUAUUACUUGACACAAUAUAAAUGCACAUAGUUAGCUUUCUCUACAGACACUAUGAAUAACGCUAAAUCUAUGUUCUUAUGAAUGACUUUGAGCUGCACACUGCAAACACACGUCAGUAGUAUUAACACUUAACCGGGCACAGUCUUCACACUCCUUUAACGUUCUUUUUUUUUUUUUUUUUUCGGCUGCUGCAACUUUAACAAAAAGACUAUUUCACUCCCCGACUGAGAAGGAAGCAGAACAGAUUGGAAGGAAAACGCUGAAAGACAAAACAUUUUCUGAACAGAGUUUGUAAAUCUAUAUACGAUUCAUGUGCCAUAAAAAGAGAAAAAAAAUCUAAAUGUAUGUCAAACACAGACGGGUGAAUGUUCCCGCUGUGGUCAGAGCUAAUCUGUGGUAGUCGUCAUGUUUCUAUGGAUGAGGUGUAGUUACAGAGUUUAGCCACAGGGGGGCGUUUAUCAAAGUCAACCGAGUCUUCUGCAAAAAAAACAAACACAUGAGGGUGAUUUUUUUGUGUUUUUUAAUUGAAUUUUUGUUUUUUGUUUUUUUGGUUGUCGAUGGUAAAACAUUCGCGUCUCCAGCUGCCUUCGUCAAACGUACACGUCAAAGCGCCGUCGGGCUGUUUUUGCGUGCGAAUCAGCCCUCAACAAGAACUGGGGUGUCAUCCACGAGAAACGAAAGGACGAAAAUGACUCAAUACGUGUUCAGAAAAAUACAAAAAUACAACAAUAAACAAGUCCGAUCUGCUCUGACGCAACAAUAAGAGUCUUUUCGUACUUUUAGGGACACUGCCGCCAAUGAGUCUUAAUCACAAAAGACACUUUCAAAACCUCAGUGCAUCAUGGGAUACGAAACAUGUUUGCGUGCAGGAAAGAGCGCGUCACAUGUUCAAACUGACAAAACCAGGUGACACCCUUUUGUCUUGCUGUAACGUUUUUGUUUUUUUUUGUUUUGUUUUGUUUUUUUCCUCGGUCCUCUUCUCAUGAACACAAGCGAAUGAUUGUUUCUCUGAUGGAUACGAAGAAGGGUCGGCGUCGCGUUCACGUCCACGCAACUGGUUUCUAAUAAUUAGCGAUACGAGGGACGAGUAAGUGUAUUUCUUUCAGUGCUGUUCAGAUGUGAGUCGGUGAAGAAACUAUGUACAUGUGUAAAACAUUUGCAACAACUGGAGGCGAAUCUGUUCUUUUUUUAUUUCCGUUGAAUAUUGUUCUUGAUGACUAUGAUAUUCCCUUGUCGCGGUCCUAUAUUUGAUGGUGACGGCCUCUCAACUGAAGGCUCUUGUAUGUUAAAAACAACAGGUGUUUCAUGAUACAUGGUCGUGUAUCAUAUUGUGAUUGUGUCGUACAUGUCAAUGGGUAGCCACAUGACACAAGGUGACAACAUUCAGUGAGAAGGAUAUUUUGUACUUGUGUAUUUGUCUGUAUUUUUCAAUUGAUCUGAAGAACCAAACCGAGGAAUUAUCGAUAUCCGUCUCUCACGCAUCAGGCCUUGAAAUACGAAGCGUCGCGCCUCGAUCCUGUUGACGUCUUUCCCGCGUAGAAAACACAGUCGUCGCCGCUACGAGGCGUUCCUUAAACUGGAAGUCACCUGAAAUCCAUCAAA